CUAAAAGAGUUAACAUAACCUUUUCGCGUACAUUGUAAAACUAUAAAUACACCAGUGUCCGUAGAAUAACUUUAUAAAAUAAAUCAUAAAAUAAUAUUUAAAUAUAUAUUAGUUAUAUAGAGUAUUAAACUUCAGUGCUGCACGGGACUUAAUUAUCUAAUAUCAUUUGUUGCCUGCUACAUUGUUAAUACACAUUUCAUUACAGUAUGACAACGUUACGACCUUUUACUUGUGACGACUUAUUCAAAUUCAAUAAUGUUAAUUUUGAUUCGCUAACAGAAACUUAUGGCCUUUCAUUUUACACACAAUACUUAGCAAGGUGGCCAGAAUAUUUUCAAGUUGCUGAAUCGCCUAGCGGGCAGAUUAUGGGUUAUAUUAUGGGCAAAGUGGAGGGUCAUAUGGAAAGUUGGCAUGGUCAUGUAACUGCUUUAACUGUGUCGCCAGAUUACCGCCGUUUGGGUUUGGCUGGCUCGUUAAUGAAUUUUCUGGAAGAUGUUUCUGAGAAAAAACGUGCAUAUUUUGUAGACUUAUUUGUUCGUAAAAGUAAUCAAGUAGCAAUUAACAUGUAUAAAAACUUGGGCUAUAUAAUUUAUAGAACUAUAUUGGAGUAUUAUUCUGGUGAACAAGAUGAGGAUGCUUAUGAUAUGAGAAAAGCAUUAUCACGCGAUGUUGAAAAAAAAUCCAUUAUACCGCAUACGCAACCAGUACGACCUGAAGACUUGGAAAUGAACUAAUAUUUGAUUUAUUUCACAUGUGUUGCAUGUAUUUGUGAAUUGUGCUAACAUAUAAGUCUAGAUUUUCUAUUGGUCUAAAUUUACUUAUUUUUUUUCUAUGUUUUAUACGCCCAUAUUUAUAUUUUGUUAUUCAUUUUUAAUUGGAACAAUAAAAACCAUACUCUUGUUGGCACAACAUAUAGAUAUUCUAUAAACUGCUAAAUCUCUUUCAAGUCAUUAUAGUACUUUUAGUUUCCUACUAGUUUCUAAAUCUAAUAAUAAUCCUUUCAAAGCAAAAAGACUUCAAAACGAAUGAUCACUUAAAAUUAUUACUUCGAAAUAUGCAAUAUCGAAAAGAGAGAGAAGAAACAUUAAAUAUGGUUUAGGAUGUAUUUCAUUUAAAUAAUUGUUCAUUGUUUUACUUUAAAAUUGGAGAAUAAUUUCUAACGCUGUAGAAUUCGUAGUAUGAAUUAUUAUAAGUCCAUAUUCAUCAUUUAUUACUUUGUUUAAUUAUUGUGAUGAGAGGCAAGAACAAAAAAGAUUUCACCAAAUAAGCGCUUGCUUGUCGUCCAUAUAUUUCACUAAAAUGUAACUAAAGCAGAACUAAUUUUAAUGAGUUUUUGUGCAGCCAUAAUGGAUCAUUUAUAAUUUCUACCUAGAUUUUAUAAAAUCGUUAAAUCAUACCUCUGUUGUAGGCUCGUAGUCUUAAAAUUACGUAGUUUAAAUUUUAUAAUAUUAUAUAUACUAUUUUUCAUACUCAAAUUAUAUUUAUUCAGUUUUUAUAUAAAUUGACUUUGUAAUCUUUUAAAUAUUGUAAAUUGGUCUAACUACCAAAUAAAAUUCUGCGUUACUCAA